AUGAGGAAGUGCCUUGCCCAACGUUUGAUUCUGUCUCUGGUUUUGCUGGGAGCUCAGCAAUCGGCAGCGUUUGUAUCUCAGCGUCCCAUCGCCCGAGUUCCAGGAGUUCCGGGCAUUCUUGAAGUCCAACGAAAACCAAUCGACCAUGGACUCCCCAAAUCUACUUCCUUGCAACGAAGCGCACAAGAUUCUAGUACUACUACCCGCAUGCAAGCUCUCCCCGCCUCUCUGUGUGCCCUUCCUCUGUCUCAAAAGAUUUUCUUAUCCUGUUUCCUCCCCACCUGUCUGGGAUUCUGGAAGAGCGAAUAUGGCGUGUCAUACGCCUACGGAAUGGCCACCGCAUUGACGUCCUUUUUGAUUUACAAGGCACUCAUGGUCGGCCAAAGCAGUUCGUGGGCCAUUUGGCAAGCCGGUGCUCUCAUGUUUUACGGCGUUCGAUUGUCCAUCUUCCUGCUUUAUCGACAGCUGUGCACACAACGACUAAAAGACAUGGUCGAGCGCAUUGAAGACAAGGCCAAAGCACGGGGAGGUCGACUCCAACGAGCACCCUUUGUAUUGUCGUGUGCGGGACUGUACUUUGGGCUCUGUGCACCCCUCUUGAUUUCGUCCAGAGUCGCAUCGUCUCAAAUUCCGGCAUGGACUGUCAAAGUUUUAAAAGGAUUGGUAGCUUCGACGUGGGGCGGUUUUAUUUUUGCUGCUCUGGGUGAUUUUAACAAGAGCUUUGUCAAGGCCAUCAAGGGAGAAGACCACUUGGUCACGGGAGGGAUCUACUCCCUUUGCAGGCACCCCAACUAUUCCGGGGAGUUUGUAUCCUGGACAUCCAAUGGAUUGAUUGCCAUUGUGGCCGCCAUUGCCAGCAAGGGAGCCGGCAUUCCAACCCCUCAGCUGGUGGGAUAUCUAGCUGCCAGUGUGGUGGGUGCCUUGGGACUUGACUUUGUCGUGCUAGGUGCCACCAAGGGUCUCGAAAAGAGGCAAAAGGAAGUAUAUGGUGAAUCUGCAGACUACCAGACAUGGAUUGAAUCGACGUGGGCAGGCUUUGAGCUUCCUACCGCGGCAGAAGAGGUUGUAGACCCUCACGUCAAGCCUGAAAUUAAAAUGGAGCAAACCGAAGAAGACACUGGCUCUGGAAUAUAG